AUGUUCAUAGGGGACGGUGCAAAACUUGUUCGUGAUGCUUUUCAGCUUGCAAAAGAAAAAUCUCCUUGCAUAAUUUUUAUAGAUGAAAUUGAUGCUAUUGGCACGAAGCGGUUUGAUAGUGAAGUUAGUGGGGAUAGGGAGGUCCAGCGGACAAUGUUAGAAUUACUCAAUCAGCUUGAUGGAUUUAGUAGCGAUGACCGGAUAAAGGUGAUAGCAGCAACAAAUCGAGCUGAUAUAUUGGACCCUGCCCUCAUGCGCUCUGGUCGACUGGAUCGUAAAAUUGAAUUUCCCCAUCCCACCGAAGAGGCCAGAGCUCGAAUCUUGCAGAUCCACUCCCGAAAGAUGAAUGUUCACCCCGAUGUAAAUUUUGAAGAGCUGGCUCGUUCGACAGAUGAUUUUAACGGUGCACAACUGAAAGCUGUUUGUGUGGAGGCAGGCAUGCUAGCUCUUCGCCGUGAUGCCACUGAGGUCUGUGUGUGUGUGUGUGUAUAGCCCCUAAAAUCGGGGGUCCUUUAUUAACCUGUUGAUCAUUCAUCAAUCUGCGGAAGUACCUGUACAUGCCACAUAACUAGACAUCACGUCAUCACACGACCAUAGCAAUGUCCAAUCUCCAUCCAUUUGUCCUUAACCUUUAAUCAAUUACAUUCUUUAAACGAAAGGGCUCAAGAGGUGAAGGCUUGACAAUGUCAUAUUAAAAUAUUAGUUUUUGUGAAGAGGUACUAACCCCUUGUGUACUUGGUACCGGUACCUGAGCCUUCUGUUUGUCAGGUACUGGUACUUGUAAAUGUGGUACUAGUAUCUGGGGUCCUCAAUGGCGUGG